AUGCCGCAAGACACGUCCAGCAAAAACGCCGAGUCUGAACCCUCUUCCUCAUUCCCCAUCUCUUCCCCGUCCUUCUGGGCGGAAGCCGUGACGCUGGCAAACCCAGAGAAUGGCCAGCCUGAACAUGGCCCCCUCAAGCGACCGCGCUCUCCCAAUGACUGCCCCCGCAAUACCAGUCCCGCCCCAAAACGAUCCCGCCACUCAUCCUCAUCCCCUACCUCUGAACACCACCACGGCCUCACCUUCUUGCCCAACCCCACCGAUAUCCUUGCGCCAGACGAUCCCCAUAGCUACUUGGCCAACCCCGAGUAUGCUCCCAACAGGUUCGGGGACAUUGGGGAUUAUAUGAGAAAGAAGCAAAUCAAGGUGCAGGCGCAGAAUGCCAACAUCGCUGCUGCCCUCAGAGGGGGCAAGGAAUUGCCACAGAUAUUCGAGACGCUUUCGUUCUACAUCAAUGGCAAUACCCAUCCGCCGAUGGAACAGCUUCGAAAGCUGAUUCUUCAGAGAGGAGGCACAGUAUAUCCCGUUAUUCGAAACAAGACGAUGGUCGAUUACAUCAUUGCGCCCGUCCUCACCGUCAAAAAGCACGAAGAGUUCAAAAAGUAUCAAGUCGUCAAGGAAGGCUGGAUUGUGGAUUCGGUCCAGCAAGAGAAGCUGCUGGACUGGAGAAAGUGGAGACUCGUUCCGCAAGGUGGCUGGCUAGAGAGUAGUAGGAAGGGGCUCGAAGUAUUUUUUGCUGGGAAGGGGAAGGGUAAAGAGGAAGAACAUGAUAGUGGGGUUUCGGACCAGGAUGUGGAAGUGGUCGAGCAGUCAGCUCCAGCCGAUGGUACUUCUAAAGUGACUCCCCAGAAACCUGCGGCUGGUCCGAUUCAGCGGCUCUUGACCCCUCAACGUCCCCGUCACUCCAUUAUACCCAUCUCCCCGGGUCAGAUCGCAUCCGACUCAUCUCCGAUACCUACCCCUCGCAAGUUGCAAGCCCCCGAAGGCGCCUGGGAGCACUACUAUACCAAGGAUUCCAACGAGAAUGCUGCUAAAGCCAUGCAAUCAACCUCCUGGCGAGCCCAAAACACUGCCGAGCAAGGUAAUGCCGGUGGCUUCAUCGAUGGGUAUUAUCAAAAUAGCCGACUCCAUCAUCUAUCAAUGUGGAAGGCCGAGCUGAAGGUACUUGUCAGGGACGCGCAGAAGAGGUCGGAGGAGGCUCUUGCCAAAGCUAGCCAGGAAGAAACGGCCGGGGAGGCACACUCGUUGGCCAAAUCUGUGCUGCCCUCUCUUCCGCUACCCACCGGUCCUUCCACAGCGAACCAUGCUUCCCCCAAGGUCAUCUUUCACGUCGACUUUGACGCCUUCUUCGUCUCCUGCGGUCUCUCCUCCCGCCCCCACCUCAAAGGCAAGCCCACAGUAGUUUGCCAUUCCAGCGGAAAAGGUGGCGGGGUGGGAAGUACUUCGGAAAUUGCAAGUUGUUCAUAUGAGGCGAGGGCGAAGGGCGUCAAGAACGGAAUGAGUCUGGGGAGGGCUCGCGAGCUGGUUGGGGCGGAGAUUAAGACCAUGCCGUACGAAUUCGAGACGUACAAAAAGUUCUCGCUGUCCUUCUACACUAUCCUGAUGGGCUACGCCGACGAGCUCCAGGCAGUCAGUGUGGAUGAGGCCUUGAUUGAUGUCACCAGCCAAGUAGCUGCGAGAGCAGCUUUGCCGCCUGAAGUUGGCAUCGCCCCGGAGGGGAAAGAGAGGGACCCAGCGGUCGAGCUGGCCGAGAAGAUCAGAGCAGACGUAAGGCAGAUCACUGAUGGGUGUGAAGUGAGCAUCGGUAUUGCCCAUAACAUUCUCCUGGCCCGUCUAGCAACAAGACAUGCCAAACCCGCCGGCGUUCACCACCUCCAGCCCACCCAGGUCUCUGCCUUCAUCGAGACUCUCCCCAUCGAUGACUUUCCUUCCAUUGGGCACUCUACCAAAUCCAAGAUCGAGGCUGCCUUCGGCACAACCAUAGCAGGGGAGCUGAUGGGGAUCACAAAGUCGAGAUGGCGGGGGGUGUUGGGAGAGAAGACGGGCGAGAUGGUGCAUGGCUUCUUGAGAGGAGUGGAUGGGAGAAAGUUGGAGGCAGAUAAGGUGCGUAAAAGCGUCAGUGCAGAGAUGAAUUACGGGAUCAGGUUCCAAACUCAAGAGCAGGCCGAAAAAUAUGUUGCGGAUCUUGCUGCCGAAGUUUCCAAGAGAAUGAAGAACGUCGGAGUGAAGGGUCGGCAGGUGACGUUGAAACUUAUGCAACGACAUCCGGAUGCACCCAUUGAGCCUCCCAAGUUCAUGGGUCAUGGCUGGUGCGAAACUCACAAUCGCUCUUCACCCCUCCCCGGCGGACCUAUAGACAGUUGCGCCAUAAUUGCCCAAGAGAGCAUCAAGCUUUUACGCACUAUGCGUUUAGAUCCAAUAGAGCUUCGAGGUGUGGGUAUCCAAGUCACCAAGCUGGAUAGUGAACAGCCUUAUGGUGGGGCUAGAGAAGCCGGUCAAGCGGUAUUGAAUUUUACCAGGGGAGACAAAGGCAACGGGGCUGGAAAUGCCAAGGCUGGCCCUUCGAGGGUUCCUUACAGUUCUUCCGAGGAAAGAGUUGACGGGAUCGACCCGGACUUUCUCGCUGCUCUCCCAGCGUCUCUCGCAGAAGAGGUGAAGAGGGACCAUGCCCUGGCAAAGCGAAAUUCUUCAAAAUCACCUGCUUCUCCAACUCCAGCCGCCAAAGACCCCGCUAGAUUGCGGGCCGACAAAGUACCUGUCCAGGAAGUCAUUUCGAUACAGUCUUCUAGCCCUAUCACGGUGGCCUCUGAAGCGCUGCCCAAAGCCACAAGGACCGCCUCUCCUUCAAAACAACCCACCAAGGAUGGAAAGAACGCAGCGGCACAUAUCGCAAAACAGCUUCGUCCGAAAGGCAAGGUUCAAAUGAAAGCUGGGCAAGUAGCCGAGGGUCCACUCUUUGGGGCUUGGAAUCGCGUUGAGGCGAGAGCGAUGAGCGAGAGCAACGACAUCGACGAGCUUCGCGAUUCCAGAGCAGGCUCUACUGUGGUCGACCUCACCGCGUCUCCUCCACUGGCCCCUGAAAGGGACAUCACAACAGUCCACGAAAACGAUGAAGACUCGACUGAGGUCAUUCCGGGCUAUACAACUUCUUAUCUCCGAUCUCUCUCUAUCGACCCAGAGUUCCUACUCGCACUGCCCCCCAGAAUGCAGCAAGAGGCUAUCCAAGAGCAAGUAGAGAGGGAAAGAAGGCGGAAGACACUGUGGCACCCAAGAGGAGGGGCAAGAGGGAUCAGCAAGAGUGUUUCUGUCUCGCCUGUCAAGGGUGGAGCAAAAGGCCGAGAUGGGCCCGGAAGUCUUCAGCCGGCACAUGCUCAGGGGCUAAAGAUCAUUAUCCCUCCUAAACCUUCACUCAUGAACGCCACCACCUUGCCUGACAUCUUGGACACUGUCGAAAAAUGGAUCGAUUCCCGCAAGAACAACCCUCCGGCAGAGAGGGAUGCUGGUAAGGUUUUGGGGUAUCUGCGGAAAAGCAUGAAUGAGAGUAUGAAAGGUGGCAAAGUGGGUGACGGAGCUGAUAGAUGCGUGGAGGUGUUGAGAUGGAUGAGGAUAUUGCUGAGAGAGAAGUGGUGGGAUAAGGAGGGAGGCGGUACAGGCCUAGCAAACGAGGCGGGCGAGGAAUGGUGGAGGGUUUGGAGAGCCAUGAGAGAUGAGGUCAACAGCCUGAGCGUACAGAAGUUUGGUGCCACACUUGUCAUUUGA